CCAUUCCGGUGAAAUGCGACCAAAGGUGAAGAAUAAUAUGUUUCCCCCUGCACAUGUAUAGAGGUGGUGGCUCUGUGAACGGUGAUCUCGCUGUCCGCAGUGAGAUCUGCUCGGUCCAGCAGAGUAAUGGUGGUCCAUCUAUAGGAUUAAGGGAGGGAUUUCAACCCUGGUUUUAAUCUGUGGAGACAGCAGGCUACCGGGAAAGCCGUCAUCUGUCUCGGGUCUCUGGCCGUCACUCUGUGCACUGUUUCCCGAACGCCACGUUUACGACAAUACGGUGGAAUACGAGCGCGAGAGAGAUAGGGAGGGAGAGACCAUAGUGGUGCAAGAUGAAUCUCUUCUGCUUUUCACUGGAGGGCUCCAUUGACAGCCUGUAUGAGGCGGUGCAGAGCUCCGGGGACGGGGCCGCCCUCGCCGUGCCCAGCCGUCACUCCAGCCACUCCUGCAGCCGCUCCUCCAGCCCUGGGGUGCUACGGGAGGACAGCAGCCGCUGGAAGGGGACUGGGAGGUCUAUCUCCAUGGAGAUAUCUCAGAUGCAUGGGACCACUGCUAAAAAGAAGAAACGAAGAACGCACGCAUCCAAAUCAGCAUCAGAUGUCAAAGCCCUCGAUAACCCCUGCGGUAAUGCUGCUGCCUGGCCGGCUUCCAUGAGCCAAGAAGAUUUAGCCCACGUUACAAACAGUCAGGAUGAAGGGCCGGGGAAGUCCAGGCGUAGGACGGACGCUAAAGGAGCCAAUGGAAGCCGCCCGCCGGGCGCCAAGAGGCAGGAUAAACCGCUCCCCCAGGCUGGUGUGUUUGAGAGAAGGAGGCUGAGUGAGGACUGGUGUGGCAGCCUCCAGAGAGAGCCUAGCGUCCAUGCUAACGGCGUGGCCACAGAGCCCAGAUCAGCUGCUAAAAGAGGCCACAAACCUGGCAAGAAGGUGGUCGGGAAGGCUGGUAAAGAGGGUAGCAGGAGGGGUCACAGCAAUACAGGCUCCAUGUGCGCCGCCACACAGGCAGCUCCCUCCUCUGACGACCCAUACAGGACCUACCCAGGCAAGGCCUCCACGCUGCCUGUCCAGAAGACCAGCAGCACCCACCCCCAUCACCCCCAGAACCCCCAGCAGCGGCUGGGCAACGUGGCCGGGAGCAGCCCAGCCUGGUCGGACGUCAAGCACACCUGCUGCAGGCCGCUGGCGGACUACCGACCCCACUCCGGCGACUUCACGGCGUCGUGUGGGAGGGAGUGGGAGGAGACAGCAGACCAGGAGGCGGGGGAGAAGGCUCUAUCGGGCCCUCGGGGGCCACCGCGAGUGCGCCGAUCCUCCACUGAUACAGACCUGACGGAUCCAAAUGUAAGUGGCCUUUUAUGAUGAUCAUUCACCAUGACAAUGAUGAUAAUGUAUUAUUAUUAUUAUUAGUAGCAGUAGUAUUAUCUCUUACGUAUUAUUGUAUAUUGUUUUUUUAUUAACGGAAAGAUCCAGGUGUUUUGGGUCAUAACAUCUUCGCCUUUCCACAUUUCUCAUUAACUUUUUGUAAAAAACAUAUACCGUGUCCCCGAUAAACUCAUCUGGUUGUCCUAUUAUUUGUAUAUUUAUAUUCCAAGACUGAGUGCAAAGCUGACAGAGCGCAGUGCAUCAAAUCUGUGUCACCUACAUGUCAUUUGUUUGAUACUGAACUCCAAGUUCAGCUGAUACCCGAGACACACGUCAAGAUUAUCCUGAAAGGUCAAUGACCUGCCGGGCUCCCUGAGAGCUGGUCACACCGAGUUAAGCCUGCGGUAUAGCUUUGAACAGAUGCGAGCGCUAUACGCUCGAUAUGGCACUAAUUAUUUGUGUAGGAUCCACAUGACAACGUGAAGGGGGUUUGUUUAACGUGAGAAGGAUGAUCCCGUAUUGCGAUCAGAAGGUCCUUCUGGUGGAAUCCCAUUCGUUGCUGAUUAAGCGAGGGCUUGUGCAGGGUCCGAUGCAGACACUAGGGUUGGGUUAUCCCGUAGGAACCUUUCUCCUCCUCUAUCUCCUGCUGUCAUCCAGCUCAGCUCUCCUGAUCCGUUCCUCUCAUUCUUGACAACAAUUAUCAUUGUUACAUCAGUACGUGACCCAGACACCAGCUAUGACAUCGUCUUGGGUUAUAAUUUACAUUAAAAUGAACAAGAUAGUGUUUGGUCUCCAGAAUCUCAUCCCGACGUUAUGCGUUGUCUGAGUCCGCUCGUGGCGGGACACUGAACCAGGUUCCAAGUACCUGAUCUGAUCCCAACAAUUUUCUCUGAUGCGUAACCGAGUGCAUCUAAAUCCACCUGAUGCCAAAUGUGGUCUGACGUGAUACCACACUGCAUUACACAAGGUUCCUAUUCUGUCAACAUAGGAAAUCAUAAAAAGUAACAUUUGCUAAUAUAAUGAUAUGUGAGGUCACUAUGGAUUUAUAAAUUACAUGAAGGAUGGAUUGAUCAACUCAGGUACAUUAGAAUAGGAUUGAAUAAGCCUUUAUUUCUGGCUAUAUACAAUUUUAAGACAGAUAUUAAAUUUUUUUAACUCUGUUUAGAAUUAAUAUGUAAUUUCUAAAUGCUGAAUAAAACAUUUCAAGUCCUAACUCAAUAUGUAAUUUACAAAUGUUUGGCGUAGAAAGUACUUACUUUAGAAAAGCUCACAAAAAGUUGACACAAAGUUUAUUCUGUGCAUUUUAUAAUAUAGUUGUUGAAAGGAUCAGGUUCUGGCUUCAAAAGCAGACUGUAAUUCAGGUUCAGAGGGUUUAAACAAAAAGGGGUUUACUUGAUCUUGAAAAGUUGGAAAACUGCUAGAAUAAAUAUUUUACUGAGUUAAGAUACUGAACAGGGUUUUAAGGUUUUUUUUAAAUAAACCCCUAAAAAGCUACCCUCUCCGGGAAAGGAGAAUUAAAAUAUCAUAAAUGGAUGUAUAGCAAAAGAGAAUUAACUUCAAUAAAUAAUAUCCAGAAUAGAUGAUAACGUAAUAAUAAUGAUACAAUUAAUGACAAUAAUAGCAACAAUAAUCAAUUACUUAAUAUUAGCAUUUAGCACCUUUUGCAAGGCAUUCGUAGCACUUUACAUAGUGAGUGUGUGGGUGUGUGUGGUGGGGGGGAUCACACCACAGCCAUUACCAUUACAUUAUAGACUAUCUGUGUUAAUCUUUCACUUCCUUCUGCAACAUUUGAGGAGGCGGGUAUUGGGGACAUUUUGUGAACGGGGGCCUCUGGCUUUGUAAUGAAAACGAUGGAGAUGAACAGCCAGGUCCCCGGUGGCUGUGGGGCAAUAGAUUAGAAACCUUAAUCUGGAUUGAAAGGAGCUAACGUCUGAUUGGAAGCAGUGGGAUUAGCGAAUGUUAUUGUCAGUGGACUUCUUUUUUUUAUAAGACUGACCAGAUGAACCGCGUGCAAUUCAAACACAGUGAAGGGCUGGGUUAACAUAACUACAUGUUCCCACCGGUCCUACAUGUUGACGUCAGAGCCUCCGCUGUAUAUGUCAAAGGUCCCCUGUCCUGUGAAGAGUUUUACAACAAGAAGGUUGACAUUCAAAUGGAUUCGCCAUUGACAGACAGUUUACAUCCCAUCAAGAACAAAUCAUAGCUGGUCUCUUUAUCUCUCUUUCCAUUGGUCGUCCUCUCAAUUUCUCAUGCUCUCUCUCAUUCUUUCCCCCUGCCUCCUCCCUUUCCCACUCUCUUUGAGGGUGUACGUUCAAAAUAAUAUCUUUUCUAAAGAAGUAAGGUUCAAGAAUGAGGCCUGAAGAGGAAGUUGUUUCAACACACUAGAGUGGAGUCGUCGCGGGGCCACUUCCUGUCAGGGAAGUGGCUGGCGGGUUGAGAAAUAAGAGCCUUCGGAGGCCAGCGGCACGGAGGAGGUGGAAAUGUGAUGACACAUGUUAAACAAUGGAGUGGAACUAAAAUGUUUUUAUGUUUAUAUUGUUAGGUCCAAACUAGAGUGUUAGAUGGAUGAGUUUCGGACAAUUAUGUAAUUAUAAGAGCAAUACCCGUCUCUGAUCGAACCAUAGUAGCCAUCACGACUGGCUUUACUGAAACAUACCAAAUUAAUUUGGCCAAUGAGCUUCUAUGUACCAAUUCUGGCAAAGAGCAUUUAGUAUGAGUGUGCCUGCCUCAAAUGUAAUCAUUUUGGAUUCACAACAAUUAUCAUUGCUAUUGUUCACCGUGUGGCGAAAUGCUCUUCAACAGGAAUUGGCAUGAAAAUGUUGUCCUUUAAUUGAUUGCGAUAAAGCAUGUAUCAUAGUUAUAGAACAUAGACACCAUACAUUUGAAACAUUUGGGCAAAUGUUUACAAAAUAAUAUAUUUAAAGUAUAUAUUCUAUCAUACUUUUAUAUUUGGUUGCUAAAAUGUGUCUUUAAGUAUGAAACCUUUAAGAAUCCAGUACAAGCCAGGACUUGUGUUCUGUUGUCAGUCUACGUUUGACGUAAUAAUGUUAUUAUUUUACACCUGAUAAACCCAAUUUUAUGAAUUUCCUUCCAAUUUCUACUAACGAAACCUGUGUUGUUUUAU